ACACACCACGUUAACUACUACACAAUUGCAACUCAUCUCUCUCCAUUUCUAUUGCCUUUCUAUUCAUAGAAACGAGUUGCAAUAUAUUGUAACUGUAAUGGCUAAGUUGAGCUUCUCCUUAUGCUUCUUGUUGUUUCUUCUGCUAGCCUCAGUCGCCAUGGGAAGCCGUCCUCUUGAGCAGGCUCCAGUCGGGGUGAAGCUGAGAGGUCUAAUCCCUUCUAUUAAGGCUACGAGCGCGUCUGCACUGAAUGGUCAAGCUGCAGGUAACAACAGCAGCCAUGGAAAAACUCCAGAGCGGUUAAGCCCUGGAGGACCCGACCCGCAACAUCAUUAGUUAUUUAGGGUUUCCUUUAUAAUUAAGUGAAUUGUUCUCAAUUUCUUUGAGAUUUGUAAUUCUUAUCAAUAAUUUGGUUGCAAUGAAUCUGUUUUUUUUUCUUUUGUAACAGAAUUGUGAAAUUGGGUUUGUAAGAUUAUUUCAAGGUACUGUAUCGAUAGUUUCGUUAUCGUACAUUAAAUAUUCUAAAUUUUGUUAUUUUACCUUUGUUUGUAAACAAGGACCGUAUUCCAGU